AUGGCGUCCAACAACGCCCCUCUCCCUUCUCCCGAGAAGCCUACUCCGCAAGGACGGUGCUCAACCAUCUACAGCAAAACUGUUGACGAACUCCAGCAGAGAUGCAUUGACCGAGGGUUGGCCAUCGCGUGGGAUGGCGGUCUACCGCUCAAAAGAUCUGAGCUGGUGGCGGAGGAGCACAUGUGGGACAUGGGCUUUCCAGAAGAAUUGAAGCGCGCAGCUCGAAGUGGCGUCGUCGACCUAGUAGGCGCGACAGCGAAGCAGCUCAAAGAAGUAACCGCCAUCCUCAAGAUCUCCGUACCCUCGACACUGAAGGCCGAUUUGGUGGCUGCCAUACUGGACCGGCUCAAGGUGCCUUUCGAUAGCCAUGCGCCUAGCUCUCCUGCGCUGUCGGCAACCGUCGAACGUCCCCGGAAACGACUCGCUCAGGGCUCACCGGGGCCCAGCUCGGACCUCGAACUCAUUCCCGGAUACGCGGAGUCGCGACCUCCCGUAAACCCGGGUUCCAGCCAGCUCCCGCGCGAAGGAGGUAGGCCACAGCCUGGGCUGAGCGAGCUCGCCCUUGAAUUUGCCAGGAAUGUGGUAUCAAUCGCGCCAGAACACUUCUCAGGAAAGAUGGCUCCCGCCCGCCGGGCCCAAUUCGAGGGCCGGCUGAAAGACUUGGAAGCCAUCUUCAAGGAUCAGGAAGAGAAAAUAAUGCGCCACGUGGCUAUCGUACAGGGCGAGUUGUCGAAGGUAGAUGCCAUUUUGAUUGAAAACAAGCAGGCUCGGGACAACAUGGAUUCGCUUUUCAGGGAAAUGUGCGAUAACGGUGUGUAA